AUUCCGGUGUUAUCCGGGUCGCCUCUCCGGUUCUGGUCCCGGAUCAGUCUGCAGAAAAACAUCUCAACCCAGAACGAAGUCCGUUUAAAAACGCGGUGAUUUAAGGCGCCUGUGUCCGCGUGUUGGCUGUGACUGAAGGCGGGUCUGAAACAAUCAGGUUUCAGAUUUAAAAGCUGUUUGAUGUUGAUUUGAUGUUGAGUCUGAGCCGAACUGAAGAGAAGCUCCUCAUGAGCUCUGAAACUUCUCCAACUCGUGUUUUCUUUGCUGCCGUUGUGACUUAAUUGGAAAGCUUAUUGAAAGUAUCUUUUUUUCUAAAGUAGUUUGGCGCGGAGCAGUUGAUCUGGUGCCCUGAUGAGGAGGCUGAGGAGGGACCAGCACGACCAGUGUGACCUGACAGCGAACGUCAUAUAAAAAUCCUUUGAUUUAAGGCGACUUUGUCCGAGUGUUGGUUGUGACUGAAGGCGGGUUAAAGUCAACGAGGUCACUCAUUCAAAGUCUGAUUAUUGUUUAUUUCAUUUUGAGUUUGAGCCGAAUUGAAGAGAAGACUCGCUUUAUCGGAUACAGGUUUCGUGUUUUGGUUUUCUGUGUUGGUAUUACGAAUAAACAGGCAAAUGUAUUUAAAAUGUAACAUUUUCUAAACGCAAUUUGGUGCAGAGCUGUUAAAGGUGCCCUGUAUGACCAGUAUGACCUCAUGUGUCUGCACAGCUGAACAUGUCUGAAGAAGUUCCCCAGGAGGGGGACCAGCCCCAGUCCUCCCAGACCCCGUCCACCCAAUCCACCCAGUCCCUGUCCCAGGUCCUCUCCACCCAGUCCCCCUCCCAGUCUAAGUCCCAGGCUGGUUCCAGUUCCUCCAGCGGGCCGACCUCAGCCAGUCAGUCGUCCAGCGGCUCGGGGACGCUGAGCAGCGCGGACACCCUCCCCGUCACGCUGUCGUCCGUCCCCGAGGAGCCCGAACCUCAACCCUGGGGCCGCCUGCUGCCCAUGGCCCCCGGCUUCAGGAGCCAUGACUGUUUUGAGGAGCAGUACCUGUUUGGGCGGGGCUCUAGGUGUCACUAUGUUUUCGGGGAUCCGAACGAUCGCGAUUCUCCAAAGUUCAGGAUUUACAGCAAGAAGCACUUUAGGAUCUACAGAGAGGGCAGCGAGGUGUUUGUGGAGGACUACAGUAACAACGGGACGUUUGUUGACGGGAUAAAGAUCGGUCGGGACAGGAAGCUUCCUCUGAUCAACAACGCCGUGCUCGCUCUGUCCGAGCCCCGAAACAAAGUGUUUGUCUUCAUCGACCUGAUGUCAGACGAUCAGUCCAGUUUACCCAAAGAGCUGCAGGAGAAAUAUCUGCUGAGUCGACGCAUCGGCACCGGAGUGUGCGGGGAAGUCAAACUGGCGUUCGAGCGAUCGUCCUGCAGGAAGUUGGCGGUGAAAAUAAUAAACAAGAAGAACUUUCAGUCUGAAGGGACGGCGACGCGAAACGCACAGAUGGAGAUCGAGAUCCUGCAGAGAGUCGACCACGUGAGUCCGACACCAACGAAGAAGAGACGAGAUCAUACAGGCUGCUCCUUUAAGAGA